AUGGCAAAAAGUAACCGUAACCCAAGAAGGACUGUGAAUGAGACUGGUGAGGGGUCUGCGAGCAACAUGGCCAGGAAUGAAGCUGGUACGGAAGAGGCUCGGAAUGCUGCUCAGAAUGCAGCAAAUGUGAACAAUGCUGCAGCCGCUGGUGCUGCUGCUGGAGCUGUUGGAUUGGAAGCUGUGCUGGCUAUGUUGGCACAAGUCUUGGCAAGGCUGCCUGCUGUGGCGGCACCUCCAGUGGUUCCACCUGUUGUGGAUGAGGCGGAGCAAGUGGUGCAAGAUAGAGAAGAUGCACACGUUGCUAGGAAUCCGUCUUAUCUCAAGGUCAUGGACCACAUGCAGAAACUGGGAACCAAGUUCUUUUCGGGUGGUUCCAAACCAGUGGAAGCAGAUCAAUGGAUUGACAGGAUAGGCCGGAACUUUAAGUCGAUCCGUUGUCCUCUUGCUUACAAGAAGGACAUUGCUGUCCACUACUUGGACGGUGAUUCGCACACCUGGGGGCGAGGUGUUGCUGCCCGGAUUGGUGAGGAUCAGUGCACCUGGGCCAACUUUAAGGCCGAGUUCCGUGCGAAGUACUUUCUGCCGGAAGCAUUUGACCAACUUGAGGGAGCUUUCCUCAGACUGGAACAGGGAUCUAUGUCUGUAAGGGAAUAUGAAGUAGAGUUCAACAGCCUCAAGAAGUAUGCUGGGCGUGAGGCAGAGUCUGAGAUAUCCUUGGCCGCGGAGCAGGAAGCGGGAAUCAGUGAGGAAGCCAAAGUGUUUGGCUCAGUGGCGCAUGUCCAUCCUGGUAAGCAUGCGGGGAAGAACCAAAAGGUGGUGAAGUCUGGCACUUCCAGCAAGCCGAAUGCAACCAGUCGCAGUGCGUGUUCGACUUGUGGGAAGAUGCACUCUGGUGUGUGCCGUGCUGCUACGGGAGCUUGUCACCGUUGUGGAAGUAUGGAUCACAAGGUGCGGGAUUGUCCUGAAGAAGAUCAAAGGCCGAAGAGCCAGAACAGGAGUACUGGGGAACGCGUGUGCUACAACUGCGGGGAAACUGGACACUUCAAGAAUCAGUGUCCAAAGGACGCACAAUCUGCUGGGAAGCGUCAGAGUGAUGGGCCUCAGCCGGCUGCGAAGAGGCAGGCCAUCAUGCCGCGGGUGUACACCAUUGGUGAUGAGUCGUCGGACCCAAGCACGUCUCGUCCGAUCACUGGGACCUUAGUCAUGGGUGGAGUGGCAGCCCAUGUUCUGUUUGAUUCUGGUGCAUCUCACUGCUUUGUGCAACCUGAGAUGAUUGGAAUUGGAGAAUUUCAGAAAGAAGAAGAAGAAGUAAGACCGGUUCGAGCGGCUGGUGGUCAGAUCAUGUACACUUCAGGAAAAAUCCGAAACGUCUCUAUGAUGAUCGGGGGAGUGAACAUGCCAGCCGACUUGGUCAUUUGCCCAGUGAAAUCAUACGAUGUGAUCCUUGGAAUGGAUUGGCUGAGUAAAUACAAGGCACAUCUUGAUUGUCAUCGUGGCCGAGUUCAGUUUGAAAUCGGCAAUGGAAAGCUUGUCUAUCAAGGGGUCAGACCGACCAAUGGGAGUCUGAUCAUUUCAGCACUUCAAGCAAAACGAAUGCUGAAAAAAGGGUGUGAGGCCUAUAUGGCUUCAAUCACGACUGUGGAAGUCGGACCUGAUGCUGAGUUGGAAGGGAUUCCGAUUGUAAAGGAGUAUGAUGACGUGUUCGAAUCCUUGACAGGAUUACCACCGGACCGUUCUGAUCCUUUCACGAUUGAGCUUGAGCCGGGUACAACACCAAUCUCAAAAGCUCCGUAUCGGAUGGCUCCGGCUGAAAUGUCGGAACUGAAGAAACAGUUGGAUGAGUUGGUGGAGAAAGGAUUUGUGCGGCCAAGCAGCUCGACCGUGUUCCAAAGAUCGAUGAUAGGAUGA